AUGAAGAGGAACAAUUUAUCUGUUGUGAAUAAAGUUGUCCAGUCUUCACCAGCAGUGAAACAGCCUAAACUUGGGUUCUACUCUUCUCUCAACCAGACUCAUACAUACACCGUCCUUCUAGACUGGGGGAGUUUGCCUCACUAUGUAGUGUUACGCAUUUUUCAGUAUCUUCCUUGAAUGGAUCGGGCCCGGGCAUCUUCUGUAUGUAGGAGAUGGAAUGAAGUUUUUCAUACUCCUGACCUUUGGAGAAAGUUUGAGUUUGAACUGAACAAGUCGGCUACCUCAUAUUUUAACUCCACUCAUCCUGAUCUCAUUCAGCAGAUCAUUAAAAAGCAUGCUGCCCAUCUCCAGUAUGUCAGCUUUAAGGUUGAUAGUAGUACUGAAUCAGCAGAAGCUGCCUGUGAUAUACUUGCUCAGCUGGUAAAUUGUUCUAUACAGACUUUGGGCUUGAUUUCAAUGGCCAAGCCAAGUUUUAUGAAUGUGUCAAAGUCUCAUUUUGUGUCAGCACUUACAGUUGUUUUUGUCAACUCAAAAUCAUUAUCAUCAAUCAAAAUUGAAGACACACCAGUGGAUGAUCCUUCUUUGAAGAUUCUUGUGGCCAAUAAUAGUGAUACUCUAAGACGCCUCAAAAUGAGUAGCUGUCCUCAUGUUUCAUCUGAUGGAGUCCUUUGUGUAGCUGACCAUUGUCAAGGUCUUAGAGAACUGGCAUUAAAUUAUUACAUGCUAAGUGAUGAACUUCUCCUGGCCCUUUCAAGUGAGACCCAUGUUAACCUUGAGCAUCUUCGAAUAGAUGUUGUGAGUGAAAAUCCUGGACAAAUCAAAUUUCUUUCUAUUAAAAAACAAAGUUGGGAUGUGCUCAUUAAACACUCCCCUGGAGUCAGUGUUGUUAUGUACUUCUUUUUAUAUGAAGAGGAAUUGGAGACGUUCUUCAAAGAAGAAACCCCUGUUACUCACCUUUAUUUUGGUCGUUCCGUAAGCAAAGCACUUCUAGGACGGAUAGGUCUUAACUGUCCACGACUAAUAGAGUUAGUAGUAUGUGCUAACGGUCUUCAGGCUCUUGAUAAUGAACUUAUUUGUAUUGCUGAACACUGUAAAAACUUAACAGCCUUGGGCCUCAGUGAAUGUGAAGUUAGCUGCCGUGCAUUCAUUGAGUUUGUAAGACUAUGUGGGAGAAGGCUAACCCAGCUGUCUGUCAUGGAGGAAGUUUUGAUCCCUGAUGAUGAUUAUAGCCUAGAUGAAAUUCAUGCUGAAGUCUCCAAAUACCUGGGAAGAGUAUGGUUCCCUGAUGUCAUGCCUCUCUGGUAA